GGUUUGAACUUAACCAAAGUGGUGAAUGGUGAAUGCAGAUUUUGCAUCCAUUUCCUGAUAUUUUUAAAUGGAAUGAUUAAGGUCUCUUUUCAUCCCGAAGCGCUCACAUAGAAGUUAGUGAACAAGUUCAGCGUUUUAAUUACAGCGUUAAUUAUUAAUCAUUCAUCUCUGUUAUUAAUACCUCUUAAUUACUCCCCCUUCAUCAGUUUCUUAUUUCGCCGUCGGUUUAAAAGCACUGCAGUUGAAAGGAUUAGGCUGAAAUUGAUGGAAUCGCAUGAAUGCCUGAAGCAGCAGUUUCAUCAUCAAAUGAAAAACGCCUGACAUCACCAACAGUGAGAAAUUGCAACACAAUCGACGUUGCAGAAAUUCAGCAGUUCAUCAGACGACGAUCAAAGCCAGGCUAUUGCCAAUACGCUCAAAGAAAAGUAUUUGAUGUCACUCUCUGGAAUUCUUUUGGAUUCAUCUUUCAAGUAUUUUUUCUGUUGAAAAUCGUUCCUGGAUCCUCGUCUUCUUGAAGAAUUGUGAACAAUAUGAGACCACUCAGCUACAUCUGCCGAUGCCUCACUGGAGGACCAUCGUGCAAGUCUUGUUCUCCAUCUGACGACGUUGGGUCAGCUUCUCCUGCUGCGGACGCUGGCAGCCCCACCGGCAAGGCCAGCUGUCCUUCAACCACCUCUGCUUCAUUGUUGUCAUCCAGCCUCAUCCUCGGUGCUGCCAAUAAUAAUAAUAAGUCAAGCAGCAGGCUGCAGAAGUCCACCAGUGAGGCCAACAACAACAACAACAACAGCAGCAGCCCUGUGCAGCAGGAUGCAGACGCUGAUGACAACAAUGCGUCUCCGGCAUCGGCUGUGUUGAUGCUUGGACGCCACCAUCAGGCCUUUGCCGAGUGUGUUUCUCGGUCCACUGGCGGCCCGUUGUCCCUGGCCGAGUCCCAGCUGCCUGUGUUUCACAGUCUGUCCACGCAGCUGAAGGAGGUGCAGGCCAUGAUCCACAAGCUGGAACUCCAAGUGCUGGACCAGGACCGCAUUCUCAAGGAGCGCGCUGAGCUGGCUUGCAAGCAGGAGCACCACCUGGAGGCCAAGGUAGGGGAUGUUUGUUGUAAUGAGAUGUUACUGCAUUGCAACAUGCAACAAAAACAGGUUAGGGAGCUGGAGUCCAAGCAGGACUCCACUCAGGCCAUUGGAGAGGCAGCCCGCGCCCUGGAGUCUGUGACAGGCAAGAUGCAGACUCGGCUGGCUGAGGUGCAGCAGAUGCGCCAGGACCUGGCCAAGGCUGAGGACCACAUGCGUCAGUUGAAGUCUGAGAACCAGCAGAUGAAGGCCUGCAUUGAGUGCAUGAAGACCAAGAUGCUGGAGGUGGAGGAGUGUGGGGCCAAGACUGCCCAGGGCUGGAAGAAGGAGUGUGAUCAGCUCAAGGCUGAUGUCUGCAGUCUGCGCAGUGCAGCUGAGGACCUGUGUGCCCAACUGCACAAG